CAUAACUAAACAUUUUUAGUAAUUUUUAUGCAUCUGAACCUGUCUGAACGCGCAUAUGUGGCCAUACCUUUAUAAAUCCCUACAAAACUAGUCUGUGCACGGAUAUCUGCGUAGUAGUCUAUAUAGUCAUGUGUCAGAAUUUAUGUCAUUUUGGAUAUUCGAAAUAUCAAAAUUGUUCUGUAAGCACCCUUAGUCCAUGAUUUAUCUACAAAGUUAAGAUAACUAUUUCAUUUCAUGAUUAUCUUGGAUAUCUCAUCUUGGUAGAGUCUCGUGCGAGGUGCCGCUACCGCUUUUACUCUAACCAGUUGUGAGUGAAAAUACUACCGACUUGUUGUUUAUAACGAAUAAAAUGUAUUCAAUUUGUAAAACGACUCACCCCGCUACGGGGGUUGAGCAUGCAAUAUUUUGUAAUUUUUUUAAUAAAGCUGAGAAAAGUCUUGUGGUGGCCGGUGCAAACAUUAUACGUGUCUUCCGUUUGAUUCCUGAUGUUGAUCCAACGAAAAAAGAGAAAUUUACAGAAUCACGUCCACCAAAAAUGAGACUUGAAUGUCUCACUCAAUAUACUUUACAUGGAAAUAUUAUGUCAAUGCAAGCAGUACAACUCAUUGGUUCUUCUAGAGAUUCUCUGCUUCUCAGCUUUAGGGAAGCUAAAUUAUCUGUUGUAGAAUAUGAACCUGAAAUUCAUAAUUUAAGAACUGUGUCUUUGCAUUAUUUUGAAGAAGAAGAGAUUAAAGAUGGUUGGACAAAUCAUCAUCAUAUACCAAUCGUUAGAGUAGAUCCCGAAGGAAGAUGUGCAGUUAUGUUAAUUUAUGGAAGAAAAUUGGUAGUUUUACCAUUUCGCAAGGAUCCUAUCCUAGAUGAAGGAGAUUUUUCAGAAACAAUUCCGAAAUCAUCUCAUAAAACUCCUAUAUUGUCAUCUUAUAUGAUUGUUUUAAAAACUCUAGAAGAAAAGAUGGAUAACAUCAUUGAUUUACAGUUCUUGCAUGGAUAUUAUGAACCAACUUUACUCAUUCUUUAUGAACCAGUGAAAACAUUUCCAGGACGAAUAGCAGUACGUCAAGAUACAUGCGCUAUGGUUGCUAUUUCUUUAAACAUCCAACAAAAAGUUCAUCCAAUAAUUUGGUCAGUUUCAAAUUUGCCAUUUGAUUGUUGCCAAGCAGUACCAGUGAAAAAGCCUCUUGGAGGAACAUUAAUAAUGGCUAUAAAUUCAUUAAUUUAUUUGAAUCAAAGUAUUCCACCUUAUGGAGUAUCACUAAAUAGUUUGACUGAAUUAUGUACAAAUUUUCCUUUGACUCAAGAUGGUAUCAAAAUAAGUUUAGAAGGAUCUCAAGUAGCAUUUAUAUCUUCUGAUCGUUUAGUUAUAUCUUUGAAAACUGGAGAACUGUAUGUAUUAUCUCUCUUUGCGGACAGUAUGAGAUCUGUAAGAGGGUUUCAUUUUGACAAAGCUGCAGCUAGUGUAUUGACUUCUUGUGUUUGUGUAUGUGAAGAUAAUUAUCUAUUUCUUGGUUCUCGACUUGGUAAUUCUUUACUCUUAAGAUUUACUGAGAAUGAAACCGAAAACUUAAAUGAUGUAAGUGCUUUGGAAAUGGCAAUAAAUAAUAAUAGCGAAGAACCAACGGCUAAAAAAGUGAGGCAAGAUUAUUUGGAAGAUUGGAUGGCAUCCGAUGUAUGUGAAAUUAAAGAUCCUGAAGAAUUAGAAGUGUAUGGUAAUGAAACACAGACAUCUAUUCAAAUCACAUCAUAUAUCUUUGAGGUAUGUGAUAGUUUAUUAAAUAUUGGACCAUGUGGAAAUAUUUCGAUGGGUGAACCUGCAUUUGUGUCAGAAGAAUUUGUGCAUAAUUCUGACUUAGAUGUGGAAUUAGUAACAACUUCUGGUUAUGGAAAAAAUGGAGCUCUUUGUAUUCUUCAACGUUCCAUUCGGCCUCAGGUUGUUACCACAUUUGAUUUACCUGGUUAUGAGAACAUUUGGACUGUAAUUCACUCAAGUACUGAGAAUAGAGAAAAAUCAGAAACUGAAGGAACGCACGGAUUUUUAAUCUUGACUCAAGAUGAUUCAACGAUGGUACUUCAAACUGGUAAUGAAAUUAACGAAGUACCUGAUGCUGACAAUGGUUUCAGCACUCAAGGCACCACAAUAUUUGCCGGAAAUCUGGGUUCAAAUCGGUAUAUUAUUCAAGUUACACAAGCAGGUGUGAGGUUGUUACAAGGUUUACAGCAAGUACAACAUAUGCCCAUGGAUUUAGGAUGUCCUAUCGUGCAUGCAAGUUGUGCAGAUCCUUAUGUUACUCUGCUAUCUGAAGAUGGUCAAGUAAUACUUUUAACAUUAAGAGAAGGAAGAUCAUCGGCUCGAUUACACGCUCAAGCUGUUAAUUUAUUGUUUCGUCCACAAAUAGAAGCUGUAUGUGCUUACAGAGACGUUAGUGGUUUAUUUACGUCAAUUUUACCCGAAGAUCUUGAUGAGGAAGGAAUAAAUAACGAUAACUCAGAUGAACCACAAAUAAUUGAAAAUAUUGAAAACGAAGAUGACCUAUUAUAUGGAGAUAAUUCAGCAUUCCAAAUGCCGGCUCCUCCUCCACCAAAAGUUCAAGAACCUCUGACAAAAAAGCCUCCUUGGUGGCAACAGUAUUUACAAGAGAUCAAACCAUCAUACUGGCUGUUUGUCUACAGAGACAGUGGAACUUUGGAGGUCUAUUCAUUACCAGAUUUUCGUUUAUCAUAUUUAAUAAAGAAUUUCGGGUUUGGUCAAUGUGUUUUACACGAUAGUAUGGAAUUCACAACUGUGCAAAGUUCCUCAUCAACUGAGCCUGUAAAUCGCGAGUUGCAGGUUCGAGAAAUUGCCAUGGUUGCUUUAGGACAUCAUGGAAAUAGACCAAUGCUUCUAGUACGCCUUGAUAAUGACUUACAGGUUUAUCAAGUAUAUAGGUAUCCAAAAGGCUAUUUAAAAAUACGUUUUAAAAAAAUGGAACAUAAUUUUACCGUAGGAUUUUCAAGAGUAGGUCCAAAAGAUGAAGGUAUGCCAAGACAAUGCGAAAUUACCAGACUAUGCAUGAUUAGAUAUUUUAGCAACAUUGCUGGUUACAAUGGAGUGUUUAUCUGUGGCGAUUAUCCUCAAUGGUUAUUUUUGACUGGAAGAGGAGAAUUGAGAGCACAUCCAAUGAAUAUUGAUGGACCUGUUAAAUCAUUUGCGCCAUUCAACAAUGUGAAUUGUGACAAGGGUUUCUUGUACUUCAAUAGAAAAGAUGAACUGAGAAUUUGUGUUUUACCGACACAUUUAUCAUACGACGCUCCAUGGCCAGUUAGAAAAGUACCUCUACGCUGUACACCACACUUUGUUACAUAUCAUCUUGAAAGUAAGACUUAUUGUGUUGUAACUAGUAUAUCAGAGCCUCUUAAAAGUUAUUACAAAUUCAAUGGAGAGGAUAAGGAAUUUACAGAAGAAGAGCGAAAUGAACGAUUUUUAUACCCAAAUCAAGAGCAAUUUAGUAUAUCAUUAUUUUCUCCAAUUUCUUGGGACACUAUUCCAAACAGUAAAAUUGAUUUGGAUCAGUGGGAGCAUGUUACUUGUUUAAAAAAUGUUUCUUUAGCAUAUGAAGGAACUAGAUCAGGCUUAAAGGGGUACAUUGUUAUUGGUACAAACUAUAAUUAUGGAGAAGAUAUUACCAGCAGAGGCAGAAUAUUUAUUUUUGACAUUAUUGAAGUUGUACCUGAACCUGGGCAACCUUUGACCAAAAACAGAUUCAAACAAAUUUAUGCUAAAGAACAGAAAGGUCCUGUUAGUGCUAUAACUCAGGUUUCAGGAUUUUUAGUUUCUGCUAUAGGUCAAAAGAUUUAUAUUUGGCAAUUGAAAGACAAUGACUUAGUAGGAGUUGCCUUCAUAGACACACAAAUUUAUGUCUGCCAAAUGUUGAGUAUCAAAAGUUUGAUUCUUGUUGCUGAUGUAUUCAAAUCUGUAAGUUUAUUAAGAUUCCAACCAGAAUACAAAACUCUUUCUCUUGUUAGCAGAGAUUUUAGAACUACAGAGAUAUAUGCAAUUGAAUAUUUAAUACAAAACAAUGAGUUAGGAUUUAUAGUAGCUGAUGGAGAAAGUAAUAUUUCUAUCUUCUCUUAUCAGCCAGAAUCUUCUCAAAGUUUAGGAGGACAAAAGUUAAUUAGAAAAGCAGAUAUACAUCUAGGUCAAAAAGUUAAUACAUUUUUCCGUAUAAAAUCUAAAACUAGUGACUCAGCGAAUCCAACGAAACACUUCGCCGGUGCUGAUAAAAGACAUGUUACUAUGUAUGCAACAUUAGAUGGAAGUCUUGGAUAUAUUCUUCCAGUGCCGGAAAAAACAUAUCGGCGAUUACUUAUGUUACAAAAUUUAUUAGUGAGCCACCUUUACCAUGUUGCAGGAUUAAAUCCUAAAGCCUUCAGGACGUACACAAGCUCAGUCAGAAUGCAAGGUAAUCCUGCUAGAGGAAUUAUCGAUGGAGACCUCGUCUCAAAAUAUCUUGAUCUAUCUAUGAAUGAAAAAUUCGAAAUUGCCAAGAAAAUCGGAACAGGUUCCCAAGAAAUUAUUGACGAUAUGCAUGAAAUUUAUAAGCAAACUUCACAUUUUUGAAAAAUGUAUAUGUAAUAAAUAAUAUUCCAUUUUGUAAAUAAACUGAAAUAUAAUUUAAUGUCAUAUUUUUA